ACGUGUCUGAUCGGCGCCUGCGCGGAGACGGAGGGCCGGCUGAAGUUUGUGAGGGGGUGCGAGACGGCAUUUUCUUUGUAGCGGUUGGGGGCGUGUGUUGUGGAUGAUGGCGGGGUAACGAGAUUGACUGACCGAUCGAGCCGGAACCAUGCUGCGGACCAGGGCGACAUGGCAGACGCUACUGCCGCUGAGCAGAGCGGCGUCGGUGCUAGUGAGGGGUAGCGCCAGGAAACGAGGCUCUUUGUUACAACGAUGGAAGCUUCCCAUAGACCAUCAAAUGAACAGACAAAUGGCUAGUGGCAUUGAACCUCAUGGCUCAGGCACAAUUUAUUUUGUGCUUUUUGGCUUGACAAGUUUAGGAGCUGGUGCAUAUGUAUAUAGGACAAUAAAAGAAGAUCGAGAAAGGUACAAGGAAAGAGUAGCAGAAAUACUUUCAAGAUCAACUUCAGAAAAGAAAUCUGAAGAAUUGUCAACAAAAAGUGAGAAAGAAGAGGUGGUGCCGGCAGAUAAAGCAUCAAUAGUUACGCCAGUCAGUGCUAGGCCUGACAUCCCAUCUCAUGCUCCUUAUCUUCUGAUUGGUGGUGGAACUGCUUCAUUUGCAGCAGCUAGAUCUAUCCGCGCUCGAGAUCCUGGAGCAAGGGUCCUGAUCGUUUCAGAAGAACCAGAUUUGCCUUAUAUGCGGCCACCACUUUCAAAAGAGUUGUGGUUUUCUGAUGACUCCAGUGUACCAGAAACAUUGAGAUUUAAGCAAUGGAAUGGAAAAGAGAGAAGCAUUUUUUUCCAGCCCCCGUCUUUCUAUGUCAGUCCUCAAGACUUGCCUUUUGUGGAGAAUGGAGGAGUAGCAGUGUUGACUAGCAGGAAAGUCUUACACAUGGACGUCCGAGGGAAUAAAGUAAGAUUGGACAAUGGUUCCGAAAUUACUUAUGAUAAAUGUUUAAUUGCAACAGGCGGUACUCCACGUAACCUUCCAGCACUUGAAAGAGCAGGAGAAGAGGUGCAAAAGCAAACCACUCUAUUCAGAAAGAUAGAAGAUUUUAAAUCAUUGGAGAAGAUUUCAAGAAAUGUUCAAUCUAUUGUCAUUAUUGGUGGUGGAUUCCUGGGUAGCGAAUUGGCCUGUGCUUUGGGAAAACGUGCACGGAACACAGAACUCGAGGUGAUUCAGAUAUUUCCAGAGAAAGGAAACAUGGGCAAGAUUCUCCCAGAAUACCUCAGCAAUUGGACAACUGAGAAAGUAAGGAAAGAGGGUGUUAGUGUCAUGCCCAAUACAGUUGUGAAAUCUGCAAAAUAUCAAGAUAAGAAAGUUAUUCUGACACUUAAGGAUGGGCAAACAAUAAAGACUGAUCAUGUUGUUGCGGCAGUGGGCCUUGAGCCUAGUGUGGAAUUAGCAAAGUCAGCAAGGAUGGAGGUGGACUCAGAUUUGGGUGGAUUUAGAGUAAAUGCAGAAUUGCAAGCCCGUUCAAAUAUUUGGGUGGCUGGAGAUGCUGCUUGUUUUUAUGAUCUUAAAUUGGGAAGGAGGCGUGUGGAACACCAUGACCAUGCUGUUGUGAGUGGCAGGUUGGCUGGUGAGAACAUGACUGGAGCUGCAAAGCCUUACUGGCACCAGUCAAUGUUUUGGAGUGACUUAGGUCCUGAUGUAGGAUAUGAAGCCAUUGGUAUUGUAGACAGUAGUUUACCUACUGUGGGAGUAUUUGCUAAGGGGACUGCUAAGGACACCCCCAGAGCUGUGACACAGGAAUCUGGGACAGGAAUCCGUUCAGAAAGUGAAACCGAAGAAGUAGCCACUUCUGUAAAUGUAUCUGCUGGUGCUGCUUCUUCAGCUCAUCCACCUCAGGAAGGCGAGGACUAUGGAAAAGGUGUCAUCUUCUACUUGAGAGACAAAGUGAUUGUGGGAAUUCUGUUGUGGAAUAUUUUUAAUAGGAUGCCAAUUGCCAGAAAGGUCAUUAAGGAUGGCGAAGAACAUGACGACCUCAAUGAAAUUGCGAAGUUGUUCAACAUUCAUGAAGAUUAGAAUGCCCAAAGUUUAACUGUGUAUAUAAGAGUCUAGAUUUUUUUAAAAUUGUAAGCAUUCUUUCAUGCAGGAAAUCAAGACCUUGAAUUUUCAGAGAAUGAAAGUAAUAUUUUGUGAACUUUCCCAUGAUCUACAAAUUGACUGAGUAAAAAUAUUUGUACCAUGUGCACACAAUAAUCAAGAUUUUCUGAACUAAAUAUUAAAUGUAAAAAAACUGCAUUUCAAAACAUA